AUGUCUGUAAUAGUGGUCGCCGUUGCCUCAGAGAGUGGUGUUCCAAUAUUUUCAAGAAAACGCGGCAGUAAUGAAAAUAUCCAAUUUUCAACCAUAGCAUCACUUCAUGGGAUAAAUAUGUUCACGAAAUGUCACAACCUCUCUUUAAUUAAUACACAUCUUGAUAAUGGUACAAUAAUUUGGAAGGAAUAUUGUAAAAGUAUUACUUUAAUAGGCAUAGCUACAGGUGGCCUACAAUGUGACCUUGAGAACCUUUUGGCUUGUAUACAUGAUGUAAUGAUAUUUUGUAUUGGCAAAAAAGAGUUGGAAAAUCUAAAAAAUGUUGACCAAAUAAAAAGAGACUUGAGACAGUGUUAUCCAAUUCUAGAUUACUUGUUGGAGUCUUUAGAUCCAAAUUCAUUGCCACAGUCAACUAUCAUUCUAGAUUAUAUUCAAAGUCUUCUUUGUCCUCAGGCUCAACAGUUGCAGGAAGUUUUGGACAACUAUGCACAAACUGUAACAGGAAGGUGGGCUUGUCUUAGCAUUCAUGGCCAUUUGGUUGCAACGAGUUCUGACUUCUUUGAGUUAGAUGCAAGAGAAGCCAAGUUACUCUUAUUAUUAGCAGCGGCUCAAGAUGGAGCUCCAUUGAGAGAAACUUUGGUGUAUUUGCCACAAAUGAGUCCAAAUGUAGCAUUCCGGGCUGUAACAUGCAAACUUUUAGCAGAUGUCUAUGUGCUAGUUAUUUGUGGAGCGACUCCUCCACUUUCAGAAAUAGAUGAAAUAGUGCUUCGAUGUUGGGAAGGGUAUGCACAAAUUAUAAAGGAAGCAAAACUGACCUACCCCAGGAACUUUCCUACCAGCUUCACAUUUGAUCCAGCUUUGCUUGGUGUAUUAGUGAUAAACGUUGCUAAGAGACGCUGUGUAUUUUCACGACAUUUACAUGGAUCUAAUCAGAAGAGCAGAAGUAUGUCAAAUGCCCACAGGAUUGAUAUACUAAGAACAUUUUUUGUAACAUCAGUAAAAGAUUUAGUACCAGAAUUUAAUAGCAACGAGAGUGAAGAAACAGAUGCGUGUCAAAGUAUUUUAAGCGAAACGUUUUGGUGUUCUGAAUACCACAAAUGUCAUAUGCAGAGAUCGGGAAAUAUAUUAUGUUGCGGGCUUUAUGCUCCGACUGUUCCUACACACACUAUGAGGUUGAUGACAAGUACUUUGCUGCAGGAUUUGCUGUCAAAUAAAGAUAUCUAUUGGUAA